AUGCAGCAGGCGUUCGGAUUCUCGUCGCUGAACAUGUCGACGCUGACGAGCAGCUCGUGGCCGGAAUCGCCGCCCGUCGGACGGCCGCAGUCGAGGCCUUGAGAGCCGCCCGACGAGGAAGACACCGCCCCGCCGCCGCCGACGUUGUCGCCAGUUUCGUCGCCCUUCCUCUUCGUCACGAUUUCGACUCUCCUGCCCGUCCGCUUCUUGAGUGUCUUCAAGAUCUUCUGUGGGUCAACUCGGCCCUUCACGACGGCCGUCUGCGUGUUCAUGUCCGUGGAGAUCCCCUCCACGCCUGCAAAAAUGAGGAAGAAGAAGAAGAAGAAGAAGAACAACAACAACAACAACAACAAGGAGAAUCAACACGACCGAUCACUCAUCUCUUCUUCUUCUACUUCAUCUUCUCUAUGUCCUUAACUUGCACCUUUGAGAGAACGCAGGGAAUGGAGGACCGAUCUCUCGCAAGCUUUGCAGUGCAUGGAGACCUUGAGCUCCACAAUGGCGGCCUGCAUCGCAGAGACAGACGAGCACGGGAAUGAAAGCUGAUGAGCUCUUCCGGGGGAGAUUGGGGGUGGAGAGGAAUCGGUAGCGACCACCGGACCUUUUCAGCGCCGUCCUUCAUCACGGCGGAGCCUGAUACGAAGGUGUCUGGUUCGAGCUCUACAUCACGGCCGGCGGAGAGAACCUUCAAAUCGAUGGUUGAGGAGGGCCGGUCGUCCGUACCGGCGGUGGGAAACGCUGACCGUUGACUUCUUGGCCGGACGGGUUUCUCGCGCGGAGCCGUAUAUAUUUUUCCUUUUUUAAAAGACCUUGAUGAUUUUCUGUUAGUUAUUUAUCCCUCAAUAUUCUCGAUUUAAGAUACGAUUAUGAUGCCAGUGUACAUGCCUGUCGGCGGCACGUGCCCCGGGGUGCCGGGUCUCAGCGACAGGAAGAGGGCACGCUGCAGGCGGGGUUUGAAACUACAAGCUGACCGCCGCCCGAUCUGGAGGACUCCCCGCCGUCCGAUCCCGAUUAUACGGAAGCAGGUCAAAUGGGAACUGAAAGAGAAAAUGGGAAAGUUAUAUUAAAACCCCCGGUCCCCUCGCCCCCGCGCGGGGAUUUUAACCAAUGCCACGGGCAGCCACUGACUGCGGUUUGUUCUUCCUUCUCUCGUCGUCGUCUCCGGCUCGUCUGUCUGGUUCCAUCUCUGCAACUCGAUCGGGAUCUGGAGGAGGAGGAGGAGGAGGAGGAGGAGGAGGAGGAGGAGGAAGAAGAAGAAGAAGAAGAAGAAGAAGAAGAAGAAGAAGAAGAAGAAGAAGAAGAAGAAGAAGAAGAAGAGGAAGGUAGGAAGAGCUUCCUGUGUCGCGCUUCCACGACGUAG